UUCAUCCAUAGCCAGCAACAAGUCUUGAGUUUUUCGCCAACGUAAAUUGGAACUUUCUUAGAACUUGGAGCACACAGAGGAUUCUAGUUUCUUCAAAACUUUGUUCUCAGGCAAUAUCCCUAAGAACCACUUACUUCCAGGGGAUCAGUGGAAUUUCAUUUGAAGACUGACCAUGUCAUUUCAAGGUCAAAAUUGCAUUCCCAGUUCAUUUGCUAAUGAUAGUGAGAACUUUCGCAGAAGGCUACUGGCUAUUGAUUCACAGCUGGGAGAUAAAGAAGUAGAACAAUUAAAGUUUCUCUGCCAAGAUUUCAUCUCCCAGAAGAAGCUGGAGAAGUCUAGCUCGGCCUUGGAUGUUUUUGAUCAUCUCAUGGCAAAGGAGCUGCUGAGUGAGCAAGAACCCUUCUUCCUAGCAGAACUCCUCUACACCAUGAAGCAGCACUUACUGCUGAAGCACCUCAAUUACAGGAAAGAGCAAGUACGGAGUUUGCUGCCCACUCUAAAGAAGGUCUCUCCGUUCAGAAACCUGCUCUACGAACUGUCCGAAAGCAUUGACACGGAUAUCUUAAAGGAAAUGAGCUUCAUUGUGAAGGAAUCAUUACCCAAAGUCCAGCUGACCUCUCUAAGUUUCCUGGGAUAUCUGGAGAAACAAGCUGCAAUAGAUGCAGAUAAUCUGACGUUACUGGAGAGUCUCUGUUCAAGUGCUGCACCUAACCUUGUGGAAAAGAUAAAAAUAUAUAAAAGAGAGAAAGAAGCUGAGCAAAGGCAGGACAACAAAGUAGCAGCCUUCACGGGGUGUGUCCCAGUGGUGGAGGAAGCCAACGGGGGCCAGAAGGAAGAAAUACUUUCUAGUUCAGACGUUCAGCAGCUCCUUCAAGCCUUACCGGAGGAAGCUGUGUAUAGGAUGGAUCAUAAACAUAGAGGCCACUGUGUUGUUAUCAACAACCAGAACUUUACCUCACUGAAAGAAAGAAAGGGGACCCAAAAAGAUGCUGACUGCCUGAAGCACGUGUUUCAGUGGCUUGGGUUCUUCGUACAUACACAUGUUGAUGUGACUAAAUCACAACUGGAGGAGCUUCUGAAAAUGUAUCAGAAUCAUCCAGGCCAUGCUGAAGGAGACUGCUUUGUGUUCUGUGUUCUGACCCAUGGGAAAUAUGGAGCCGUCUACUCUUCAGAUGAGGCCCUCAUUCCCAUUAAAGACAUCAUGUCUCACUUCACAGCCCAUCGGUGCCCUCGUCUGGCUAGCAAACCCAAACUCUUUUUCAUCCAGGCCUGUCAAGGUGAAGAGAUACAAUCUUCUGUAUGUGUUGAGGUAGAUGCUGUAAAUGCCAAGUCAACCCACCCUCCCCUUCAGGACAGUGUUCCUGUUGAGGCGGAUUUCCUUCUCGGCCUGGCCACUGUCCCUGGCUAUGUGUCCUUUCGUCAUACCACAGAAGGCAGCUGGUAUAUUCAAUCUCUGUGUAAUUAUUUGAAGGACUAUGUCCCAAGACAUCAAGAUAUCUUAUCCAUCCUCACUGCUGUCAAUGAUGAUGUGAGUCGACGAGGGGGGACACAGAAACAGAUGCCUCAACCAGUUUUCACACUACGUAAAAAAGUCAUAUUCCCUGUGCCAGAGAAAAAACAUUCCUAUUUUCACACUAUGUAAAAAAAUCAUAUUCCCUGUGCCACAGAAAGAACAUUCCUAUUUUCACACUGUGUAAAAAAAAUCAUAUUCCCUGUGCCACAGAAAGAACAUUCCUAUUUUCACACUGUGUAAAAAAGUCAUAUUCCCUGUGCCACAGAAAGAACUUUUAUUAUGGUAGAGAGUUUUCAUUGACUCUUAGACUUGAAAGGAACCUUCUCUUCCAACUUCCAACUUCCAACCUCGCAUAGGAAAUCAUUGACAGACAAUGAGCUGACCUCCAGUCUGUCAGUCUAGUAAUAAGAAAUGCUCUAUUUUCUGACACAGUAAAUGCUGUUCUUCCUUUCCCCCUUUCUAAACAAGUCUAAAUAUUACAAAACUUUUUUAUUGGUGCCUUGGAUUAUAGUCUUGAUUUUAGCUGUGCACCCUGAGGAAAAAGUAAUUGGCCUUGGUUUGUGUAUCUGUAAAGUGAAAAGUGGGACCAGGAACAUUUUAAGGUUCCUUUUCGCUCUAAGAACCAAUGUUCCUAGAUUUCUGUAAGAAAUGACCACUCUUUGUUAUAAUUCUGUGUCCCUUUUGCAUGGUCUUUUUUGGGCAUUGGCUGAUGACAAAAUUAUGGUUUACUGACCCUACCUCUGCUCUUCCCUUCCCAAGGCUUCCCUUCUGCACAUCUGCUGGGGGCCGGGGAAUUUGGUUUAUGCCCCACCCAUUUCCUGCUUUAGUGUUAGGGCAGGUGUUCCUGCAGGAACUGGUUUUCUUGGGUUGGGAACUGGGUUGUCUCUAGGAAGAUGACAACUCUGUGUAAAGAGAGACACACAUUCAGCUACUCUGGGGGCAGAAACUUUACAAUCUGACGUUACUUCCCUGUCGGUCAGAACCUUUUAGACACUGGUGACAGACCUCUGAACUCAAACUGACUAAAGCAAAGAAUUGAUUGCAUCCUUCACUUGAAAACACGAAUGUGUAGUGCUGGCUUCCAGUGAGGCAUGGAUCGGACUCAGUCUUCAGUACAGCAUCUGUCUCUUGUCCAAGGGCCUGCAGGAUUGGCAGCUGCACUGUGCUGACCGCAGUCAACAGCCACUCCCCCCACCCCACACCCCCACUGCCUCCAUCACAACACACCUCUGCUCCUCUAGCCCCAAGGAUGAGAGAAGCAGCUUGAGGAGCUGAAGCUGUUCACAGGGAGUGCUGCUCUCUCCUUAGCCAGAGAGGUGUCUGGCUAUGCCUUGUGGGUAGGGUGGCUCUGGAUGGAAGCCUUGACACUUAAAAUUUAGAUUUUGAACAUUUUUACAUAUGUGAACUCUUUUUUUUCAAUUUCAGAGAAAUUUUUCUUUUUUAUUUCCUGGAAAGAGGGCAAUUAAAAGUGCCGUGGUUACAGCCUUCAUUCAUAGAUGAGGAAGCUGAGGGCCCAGGAGGCAGGGCAAUUGGCUACAGCCUUUCAGCCAGUUAUUGUUUACCUGAUAUUGUUUCCCAUGCAAGUGAACUGGAGUGUCGUGGGGCAUACAGGACUCGAGGAACAUGUCCUUGGAUAUGCAGAUGCUCACGAAAGAUGUCAGGGAAUGAAGAAAAGUCUUGGUGAUGUCUGAUUUUGUCAAUUAUUUCUGUGAAAGUCAAAUUCAUUUAUAGUGAACUUUCUAUGAAAAAUAGUCAUAAGAACCUUGUUAUAAUGUAGCUAGUACUCACACGUAUUUAAAUGCAGAUUGGCAAAGGAAAUGAAUCUAAUACAUAGGUCAGGAUGGUCUUCCAAAACUAUCGUUCAUGUAAGUCAAAGCUAACAGCUGGUGGUCAUAGUCUCUGUUCAACUGGAUAUGCCCAGCUAUUGGCCAUUCGACAGUCCUCUGUGCAAGGGACGCAUGGUGUGGUACAAAGAGCAAAGCAUCUGGAGAUGGGAGCCUUGGGUUUCCGUUUGGCCCUGUGACUCCUGUGCUCAAGGACAAUAACUCAAACAAGUUGUUUUGAGCCUUAUCUAUGAAGUAGAGAAAAUGUUAUCUGUUGAGGAGAUUAAGGAUUUUAUAUGUAUAUAUAUAUAUAUAUAUAUAUAUAUAUAUGUACACACACACACAGAGUUGGACAAAAGUAAGUUUAUAGUUGUUAGUAUGUGAAACAGAGUUUACUCUUGUAUUACUAUUUAUUAAUUGUAUUGUUUUCCAUACGAACAACUGUAAACCUAUUUUUGCCCCAUUCUAUAUAUGCUUUUAGAUUUAAUGGCUUCCUAGAGAUAUCUAUUUAGAUAUAUAGAUAGCUAAACAGAGAUAACUAUAUAUGUAUAUAUAUCCAUUUAAAUUUAAUUGGAGUGCUGUGCAUAUAAGGCCUUUAGAUGGCAGACUCUUUGGUAGUAACCUAAAUGGAAAUAGCAGGGUUUGAGUUCUUUGACAUCUGAUUCCAGCUGACAUCUGAUUCCAGCUGCAAACCAACACUAGCAAUACCUACUGCCAUCCUGCGAGUGAAGAACUGGCUCUUCCCUCAUUGGUUCACAAUGUCUCCAGCAGCAACAGGCCAGCUCCCGACUCUGAGUCCAGAUGGAAAAAAGCACUGCUGAUGGACUCUCCUUCAUCAGGAGCACCUGGGGCUUGAUGUUUGAAGCCUGGGCCCCAGGUCUCUCUCAUAUUUCUGUUUUGCUGGAUCUUAGCACAUGUGUGAGAUUAAAUUCUAGAAUCACAAGUGCUCCACAAGCUUUCUUUUCCAAAGUCUCUGGCCAGCACUUAGGAGUGACCAGGCCUUUAUGCCUGUGGGUCAUGGGUGUGUAUACAAACACCAGGAGUGAAGUUAUUCUCGGUUGACUUUUCUUCAGUGGAGCAUGUACACACUUGUCCCGUGUGUGUGUGUGUGUGUGUGUGUGUGUGUGUGUGUAUGUAAAUUUAGAGUCCAGGAACAACAGGAGGUGACUUGGUCACAGCUGUUUGGCUAUAGCCAUUAUCUGUCCAGACUUUUAUGAAGGAAAUGGGCUGUGUGAUGUUUCUGUAUAUUUUGUUUAGUUUUGCUCAACCUAUAAAAUGUGUAGUUAUUUUUUCUUUCUUUCCCAUCUUUCUUCUUCAAAAGUUUAGCUUCUAUCAAACAAAAUAAGACACAAAAACAUUUGGUAGAGUAUUAUGCAAAUGUUAGUUAUCUAAUAAUGGUGCUACAGUUAUUUAUUAUUAUUAGAGUCAUUAGUCAGCACAGCAUUUUACUGGCCUCUACUAUGGGGACUUACCUUGAUGAUGCGCAGGUCUGAUAUCAUGGGGACGCCCCUUAGCAAUACAUUCUGCCAAGGCUCAGGUAAUUCAAACAUAUAAGCAACUGGUGCACUGUGGAUGCUGACCAAUCAGAAUAGACACUGACCAGUAUAACACACUGGUAAAUGUGGCUGAAUAAUAGCCUUUUCAGUGAUGAAGUCUCCACCGAGGUCAACCAAACUAGAAGUUUAGCUCAUUUUAUAGAUAACUUUUGCACCAUAUCUAACUCACAAAGUCUUCCAGGUCAGAUACUUUCUGAGUGAUCUAGUCAAGUUCUUAACAUGGAAUUCAUGGGCCCAGAGGAGUUUGUGGAUUUAUUCUCAUGGUCUUUGAGUCUUCCACCUUCACUUUUAAAUGUAAUUCCUUUUGGGUAUCAUCUUACAAGUCAGUAGAACUGCAUCCUGGCUUUUCUGUUAUGACCACUUUACACUUGAGCUCUGCCAGUCUCUGUGCUCACACCCUGGUAUCCACAGAAAGUGAUGAACUUUUAAAAAAGUUAAAUGGGAUGACAUUGGUUGAUAAUAUUACAUAGAUUUCAUGUGAACAUUUCUGUGACACAUGAUCUGUAUAUUGCUUUGUGUGCCCGUAUGUUGAACUUCUUAAUGUAGCAUGGAUGAGGGCCUAUGGCUGAGGGUCUUCGAAUUUGUUGUCAGGUGCUGGUGGUUAAUUUAUUUGAAACCUGCUCCAACCCAUCCUCUCACCUGUGACAGGGCUGCAACUCUUCCAUUAUCCUCCACCUCUGCCCGACUCUUCCAGCACAAAGGGAACUCAAACCACGUGCAGUCUUGGAUUUGGGAGCUUAAUAAAACCCCAGAGACUCUGUGGUCCAGCCUUCAGAGUGUUAAGUGACUUGCUGAAUUCUCGCAGCUGUUAGUGUAGGAUUUGCAGUCCUGUGUAUCUACUGCUUUGCAAACUGCCUCCUGGUUUCAUGUUUGGACAGCUUUCAUAGUUCUUCUCUCUGCUGGGUUUGAAUCCACCUCCUUAGAAUGUGCUUAAAACCACUGGUUCUCAUUCAAAACUCUUGAGCCGUAUCAAACAGGCGUAAUUAUCCUCUAGGAGGUAUACAGGGCCCGGUAGAAAUAAGGCCUGCUUGAGGGUGGUUGGUAGGGUAAUAAUAAUAUGGGUGUAAUGAUUUAUAGUUUUAAUUUGAACAUUUCCCCUAACACAUGGUAUGGUGUGCUUGAGUGUGAUAUUGUUAUAUUACAGAAGAAUUAUAUGCUUUUGAUUUUGUGAUAAAAGAUUUUGUAAUAAAAAAUGGGUAUUAUUUGUGCCAGACCCUGUAUAUUGUGAAAAGUUAUUUAGCUUUCUUUCUGGGAGAGUAUGAGUUGUCAAAGUCUGUAGUUUUGUUUCAAGGUUGUGUUAAGAAUAUAGUGACACAUUUGUAACUUAGAACAGGAACUAAAUUUUUUGCAAAUGAGACCUCUUUUUAAAUAGUACUAGGGGAAAUUUCCUGUUUAGAGGAAGAUUCAUUUGUCAAUACAAACAAUCAUUUCUUAAUAUAACUUUGCAUAUAUGAUUUAUUAAAAGAGUUUUUCUAUUAAAAUUUUAAAA